CCCGGGCCGUAUUGCGCGGUUGCGCACUGCUGCCGCUGCUGUCGUCGCGGCGCGAGGAGGGUCGCGAUGGCUGGUCCCGCGUGGAUCUCCAAGGUCUCUCGGCUGCUGGGGGCGCUGCACAACCAGAAACAGGUGACCCGAGGGUUCGCUGGUGGUGUUCAGACGGUAACUUUAAUUCCCGGGGAUGGCAUCGGCCCAGAGAUCUCGGCGGCCGUUAUGAAGAUUUUUGAUGCUGCCAAGGCGCCCAUUCAGUGGGAGGAGCGGAAUGUCACCGCCAUCCAGGGACCCGGAGGAAAGUGGAUGAUCCCUCCAGAAGCCAAAGAGUCCAUGGAUAAGAACAAGAUGGGCUUGAAAGGCCCUUUAAAGACCCCAAUAGCAGCUGGUCACCCAUCUAUGAAUUUAUUGCUGCGUAAGACCUUUGACCUUUAUGCAAACGUGCGGCCGUGUGUGUCCAUCGAGGGCUAUAAAACCCCUUACACCGACGUAAACAUUGUCACCAUCCGAGAGAACACAGAAGGAGAAUACAGUGGCAUUGAGCAUGUGAUCGUGGAUGGGGUUGUGCAGAGUAUCAAGCUCAUCACCGAGGAGGCCAGCCGGCGCAUCGCCGAGUUCGCCUUUGCGUACGCCCGCAACAAUCACCGCAGCAACGUCACCGCCGUGCACAAGGCCAACAUCAUGCGGAUGUCAGAUGGGCUUUUCCUGCAAAAAUGCAGGGAAGUUGCUGAAAACUGUAAAGAUAUUAAAUUUAACGAGAUGUACCUUGAUACGGUGUGUCUGAACAUGGUCCAAGACCCGUCCCAGUUUGACGUUCUCGUUAUGCCGAAUUUGUAUGGAGACAUCCUCAGUGACCUGUGCGCGGGAUUGAUUGGCGGUCUCGGUGUGACACCAAGUGGCAACAUUGGAGCCAACGGGGUCGCCAUCUUCGAGUCGGUUCACGGCACCGCCCCGGACAUCGCGGGCAAGGACAUGGCCAACCCCACGGCCCUCCUGCUCAGCGCCGUGAUGAUGCUGCGCCACAUGGGACUCUCCGACCACGCCGCCAGGGUCGAGGCUGCGUGUUUUGCCACAAUUAAGGAUGGGAAGAGCCUAACGAAAGAUCUAGGAGGCAACGCCAAGUGCUCAGACUUCACGGAGGAAAUCUGCCGUCGAGUUCGAGAUUUGGAUUGAAGCUCCUGCGCGUGGAGCCCGCGUCCGUCACGCGCACCACGUCACGCACACGUGCGGUUUGCUUCUUUCCCGACGGUACAUUUCUAGAUCCGGCCUUUUCUCAACCAGAUCUCCGUGGAGGGUGCGGGGACGCGCUAGGCCUGCUCUCCGAGGACUUUUCCUGAGGGCCCGUUUUAUCGGUGACGUGUCUGUCCGGUGCGCGUCUUCUGUAAGCUCUCAGUGGACUGUAUCAUUGGCCACGUUAAUCAUUUUACACUUCAGUUAAAACGGUUUUUCCUCAGCUGUAAAUACGAUGCAGGAUUAAUGAGAGAAAACAUCUAACUUUUUAAAGAAAACCCUGUUUUCCUUGGUUUAUGAAAAACAUAAUAGGAAUAAGUUGGCAUAUUGGCAGGAUGGCACAAGAGGACAUUCUCCUAAAGCUACGCGGCCACAGGAGAGGGUUCCGGGAAGUUCAGGCCACCACCCACCAGUGAAUGCGGCAUAUCUCUUAGUGCUGUGGGAAGUAGACACGUAGGUACAUUCUCACGUGAAUUACUGAGUACGAAUAAAGACCUCAAAUCCAAGAAAUCCAUACGAGAUGUAGACGUAGGUAGAGUGUGGGAUAGCGAGACGCACGUGCGUCUGUGUGGAUGAUUCGGUUUAUCCAGAUGUACCCUUCUUGGCGGGAGCUUUAAUGGCGCGGAGGGGAUUUCCUUUCACUGGAUGUGCGAGGCGCUGAGUCGGCCACGGGAGCCUGUGGCGUGAGCCUCGCUCGGCCCAGAGCGACCUGAAGGCCUGACCACGAAUAUUUCGGCCCCCGGUUAACUGGGGCCGCUGGCCGUUACUUUCCUAUCUCAGUGGCUGCCCCUCCCCUUCCCCAAAGCACCGAAUCAGUGCCACCCACCCCAGCGCUGGUGAGAGAGGAGCCCGCAGUGGGGGUUGGGCGCAGCUGUGACCCUGCCCCCCCCCCCCCCCCCCCCCCAGCACGUUGUCCUUUACGGCAGACACGCAGUCGCUAUUUUCAUGAACAGACUGCCCUUCGUGUGGCACUGCAGGCCCGGGGACUUCGCAGAGAGCACCCAGAUCACAGGGGUUUCUUAGCAAAUCUCACCGACUGGGUGCUUUUUUAGGCUUGUAACCAGACCCGAGUCUUAGGUGUCUUUUACUUUGUUUAAGCCGCAGCUUCCUCUUUUCUGUUGCAUUGUGCUAAUUACCAGUGACCCUCGGGUUCGCCCUAAUAAAGAAUUCCAGAACUGC